AUGUCUCCUACGCCGGAAGAAGAGGAAGUCUUUAAUGUCAAGAGAUCUGGCAGUGGGCCAGAGGAGGAGGAGGAUGCAGCAAUAGUCGACGCCACGCCGAAGCAGCCAACUAAGAAACGGACCAAGACUGGGUGUCUCACAUGCCGUAAAAGACGAAUAAAAUGUGGAGAAGAGAAGCCUGUAUGCAAGAACUGUAUCAAAUCGAAGCGCGAAUGUGCAGGAUAUCAACCUGUGGCGAACAAAGAGCAGAUCCUGGGACAAACCGAUAUAUCCCAAGAAACUGGCGCCCAUCUGUCGUUUCAAGAUCACGAUGUCUCAACUGCAUUCAACCAACGUUGGCAACCAGGACCGGAAUACCUGGAAAUGCCACAUGACUUUGGUCAAACGAAUCCCUCGCCCUAUAAUCAACUACCAUUCAGCGCCAGCUACCAUGCGAUUCCAUUCCCUCCGACCAACCUCUCUAAUCACUCGGGUAUUCCGGUCAUAGGUCCGGAAUAUGGAUGGCAGGGUACGCAGCAUCCACCAAACCUGCCUUAUCAUGGAAUGGCGGAAACCUCAAGAGAAACUGUACCAGGGUUCACCUUUCCGGACAACCAGGCUGGAAGGACUUCGACGACCGUCUUCCCUCUCGACCCCCGAUUGAUGGAUCAGCCGGCGACAUGGGGUUUCAAUCCUGCUUUGGCUCAACUUCAGUCACCGCAGUCAACACUCACCAGCAACCAUAUUAUGGCCUCACAGCAGCCGAUUCUGUCUCAAUUCCAACAGCGGCGUGCUCCACUGUCUUACCAGUACGACGUAUCACCCCUACCUAUAGAGGGUAUGUAG